AUGAAGGCUGGCGCAGAGUCGCCGCCUGCCAAGUACAGCCUCCCCGGCUCGUUCGGGUCGCAGCAGCACUCUCGUAAGUGCUCCGCUCCGGGGUACCGCCUUGGAACGUCGCAGCGCUUCCCGCCUGCCCGACAGCACAGCGCGCCAGGCCCAAUCUACAAGCCAGUCGUGUGCGCCGUCGGACGCCAGUUUCUCUCGCCGCACUCCUCUCCGCCGGCCUUCGGCUUCGGCACAUCGAGCCGCGAGAACCAGCAGCGGCGGUAUCUCUCGCGCGAACACGCCCUGGCGGCGAGUAGGGGUCGCGAUUCGCCUGCUCCAGCGAGCUACAAGCUCCAGGACGGCGUGGGCAAGCAGGUCCUGUCUCGCAACGCCUCGGGCGCGUCGUUCUCCUUCUCAUCGAGCAGUGGCCGGUGGACGCCCGCGACCAAGGCGGCCGCUGACGUACCCGGGCCGGGCGCGUACCUUGUGUGA